CUCUUUCUUUCUCUCUCUCUCUCUCUCUCUGUGCCUGCUUCUGAGGUGAUCCUGCAGGCAACGGAGGCAAAGGAGAAGAUCUGUAACAUUGUUGCUCUUCUGGAAACCUGUUCAUUUUCCUGCCAUUCUGAUAAAGAAGGUGAAACAAAUCAUUUUGCUCCAACAUGGGGAUACCAUUUUCAUGCCCCGGAGCCGAUUACGCUGCUUUGGAUGAAUCGUUUGAAGCUCUCUUCAUGAGAUCUCUCAGUUUAGCCGACAAUGUGAGAUCAACCUUGCGAUCAGUCAGCUUCAAUGGCCGAGACUCCCAGCCCACCAUCCUCAAAACUUUUGGAUCUGGGAAGUUAAUUAUUGAAGGAUCCCUGAGCUUUAAUAGAAGGGAAAGGAGGGACACCUUUCACUUGGAAACGAAGUUCUCAAUGAAGAGUCCUACCUCUAAGAAAGAAAGUACCACAAGAUUAGUGGAUUCCAAAAAACCAAGGUUCAAUAAUUUACAAGAAAAGGCCCCAGAAUCACCAGUGAUUGUGCCAGACAGGCCAAAACAUGAAGCUGCAGUCAAGUUGCAGAAGGUCUACAAAAGCUUUCGGACAAGAAGACAGCUUGCUGAUUGUGCUGUUCUCAUAGAGCAGCGUUGGUGGAAAUUGUUAGAUUUUGCAUUGCUCAAGCGGAGUUCUGUCUCUUUCUUUGAUAUUGAGAAACCGGAAUCGGCUGUUUCUCGGUGGUCAAGGGCAAGAACCAAGGCAGCUAAGGUUGGGAAAGGUUUAUCCAAGAAUGAGAAAGCUCAGAAACUCGCGUUGCAGCAUUGGCUUGAGGCGAUCGACCCUCGGCAUCGCUAUGGACACAAUCUCCACUUCUAUUAUGAUUGUUGGCUCCACUGCGAGAGCAGGCAACCUUUCUUCUACUGGCUGGAUGUGGGUGAUGGGAAGGAGGUCAGUCUUAAAGAACAUUGCCCUCGAUCAAAGCUUCAACAACAAUGCAUCAAAUAUCUUGGCCCAAAAGAAAGGGAGGCCUAUGAAGUAAUAAUUGAGGAUGGAAAGUUCGUCUACAGGAAAAGUAGGCAAAUCCUAGACACAUCUGAGGGUACCAAAGAUGCCAAGUGGAUAUUUGUUUUAAGUACAUCAAAGAGUUUAUAUGUUGGUCAGAAGCAAAAAGGUACAUUUCAGCACUCAAGUUUUCUUGCUGGAGGAGCUACGUCUGCUGCUGGGAGAUUAGUUGUAGAAAAAGGAACACUGAAGGCUGUGUGGCCUCAUAGCGGGCAUUACCGCCCGACGGAAGAGAACUUCCAGGAAUUCAUGAAUUAUCUCAAGGAAAACAAAGUGGAUCUUACCGAUGUUAAUUUAAGUCCAACUGAGGGAGAUGAUGAGUUCCUGAAUAGACUUAGAAGCAACCGCUCCCUAAAGCUGGCUGCCAACCCUGAAUCUGCAGCACAGUCAUCGCAUGGCUCUGAUGGAACAGCAAGGAAAGCUGUGGUAACAGAGAGUGCCAAUUCGUCCAAGACAUUCGGAGGAUGGAGUGCUAUAAGUUACCUUGCUGAAUUCAAACUUGGGGCAGACAUAUUAGCAAAAAAAUCACUGAUUUUUGAUCUGUACCACAAGCUCCAGAAGCAGAUAAUCUUCAGGGACCCAGAAGAUAGUGACGAAGAAUCUGAUGAGGAAAUAAACUGCACCGCAGAUCAGAAGCGGUCCGUUUCAGAUGGAGAUGAUCAAGCAGUUGAAGAUUCAUCAGCUUCUGAACAACAGUACAUGUUCCGCAAACAAAAUCUAUUUGCAGAGGAGCAAGAGGAGGAUGAAGAUGCAUCUGUACCACAGGAAUUGAUUCUUCGGAGGAUUAACUCAAAGAAAGGAAUGAAGUCAUAUCAAUUGGGAAAGCAGUUAUCCUGCAAGUGGACCACAGGGGCUGGCCCUAGGAUUGGGUGGGUGAGGGACUAUCCCUCGGAGCUUCAGUUCCGUGCUUUAGAACAAGUUAACUUAUCUCCGAGAGAAGCUGCGCCUUCAAGAUUUGCUUUUCCCCGGAAUAUUACAUGUCAAAGCCCCAGAUUGCCAGAAGCAUCAUCACCAAAGGAGGAGUCGCAGCAACAACCACAGAAACCUGUCAGUGAUAGAUAAAGGAGAAGAAAUUCUUUGAAUUAUUGAAAUUUGUAUGUAUAAAGAUGAGAAUAUUCAAUUCAUUCGUUUUGUAGAUCUCGUAGGGGAAUAUGUUGUUUCUUAAUUAAUAUGUUGAAAGGCCAAUUUAAGCUGAUAAAUUGAAAUACUCUCCCUUGGUUAAA